CUGUGUCAUGUGAUUAAAAAUGUCUACUCCGUCGUCGUUGAACCAAAGGAUUAACGAUUUGGAAAGACGAUUAAAGGUUGAAAAUAAAUCAAGAGACAAUGACAGACAGAGACACUUAGCCCCAAAUAAUGAAUUGGUAUUUCCUAGGCCAUUCAAGCUUGAUUCAGGACAUGCAAGUCCCCGCAAACCAAGAGCCUUUGGAGGAGAUUUCCCAGCAACAUCAAGGUCAAGUUCAGCACCCUCAUCUGGCCGUCGCAGACCAGGAGGGAUAAGCCUGGAAUCUGGUGGCAGGUCACGACAACCAGACAGUGCUGAAAUAGAACAGAAGUAUAAAGAGAUAAUGAAGAUGACUGGAAUACUAACUCUUAAUAAUCAGAAACACAACACAGAUAUUAAUGAGAUGGAGUCCCUGGGUGAACUAGGGCAUGGCACAUGUGGACAGGUCAUUAAAAUGAGACACAAACCGACCAAUCAUCUCAUGGCAGUUAAGCAAAUGAGAAGAUCUGGAAAUAAAGAAGAAAACAAGAGAAUAAUAAUGGAUCUAGAUGUUGUUUUAAAAUGCCAUGAUUAUCCCUACAUUGUACAGUGUAUAGGAACAUUCAUCACACCAAGUGAGGUGUGGAUUUGCAUGGAAUUAAUGUCUACCUGUCUCGAUAAAUUAUUGAAAAGAACUAAAAUGCCCAUUCCGGAAAAGAUUCUGGGAAAGAUGGCGGUUGCAAUUGUGAAGGCACUUGACUACCUAAAGGAAAAGCAUGGAGUCAUUCAUAGAGAUGUGAAACCCUCCAAUAUACUGCUGGAUCAGAAUGGGAUAGUUAAACUGUGCGACUUUGGCAUCAGCGGGCGACUGGUGGACUCCAAGGCCAAGACCAGAAGUGCUGGCUGUGCUGCUUACAUGGCACCUGAGAGAAUAGAUCCACCGGACCCCCAGCGACCUGAUUAUGAUAUCAGAGCUGAUGUUUGGAGUCUAGGAAUCACACUGGUUGAGCUUGCUACUGGAGAGUUCCCUUAUAAGGACUGUAAGACAGAUUUUGAGGUCCUAACCAAAGUUCUACAGGAUGACCCUCCAUUAUUGACUCCUGGUCCAACAUAUUCCCAUGAGUUGUGUUCAUUUAUUAGAGAUUGUCUAACAAAAGAUUACAAAAAACGUCCAAAGUAUAGGAAGCUUCUUGAACACCCCUUCAUUAAGAAAUAUGAAGUGGAGAAUGUGAAUGUGGCAAAGUGGUUCAGUGACAUGUCAGAGAUAAUGGCCUGCUAUAGUUCAUGAUGAGUUCAUCGAAGUAGAUAUGAUUUCAUAUAACAUUCACCUGAUAUGCUGGUCAUGAAGGAGAAUACCAAACCUUGAACAUCAAUGACCCGGUUUCUAUUGAUGUCAGUCAUUCAUCGCCAUGACAACAAGCAGUGCAAGCUCCUGAUGAAUUUUUGAAGAUGAUAAAGCCGUGUGUUUCGCUUCCGUUGCCAUGGGUAACCAAUCUUCAUUAGACAUGUCACUGAGAUGUGUCUCUAUUUCCUCAUCUACUUAUGUAUGAGAUGAAUUUACCAAAAUAAUUUGUGAACUGUGUUAACUGUGAGGUACCUUUGACAGGUCUUUUGGCCUUUCUAUCUCUAGCUUGUAUGAGUGCAUUUUUCUGUGUUUCCCUUGCCAGUUGAUUAUUUUGACUUGACCACAUUAUAUUUUUGAAAGUUAUUGUAUAUUGUAAGUGUGGUACAAGUAUGUAAUACAAUAUUUUUUAUGACUGGAGUUUUUCUUUUGAAUUUUUGCUGAAUUACUGGAAUUCAAUUGCGAUUUUUAGUCUGCCAAAGAAAAAAGAAUUGUCAUACGUGCAUUAAUUUCUGUAAUUAAUUAUCAAUGUGUCUUUUUAAUUUCUGUCAUUAAUAAUCAAUUAGUUGCCAAUUGAACCAAGUUAAAAUAAUUUUUCCAUACCAGUACAUUUAGGUUUUAGGUCUUGCAAAUUUUCUUUUUACUGGGAGUUUACCAAAGUAUUUGGAAGGGAAACCUAACUUUCACUUGCUUACAGCAGAAUCAUUCCAUUUUCUGUCAUGGUCUAUUGUUAAAUGACACACAGGAUGUGGGUGUCUCUUUUUAUAGUGGUUUACUGAAUCUCACUGACUUUUUUUCCUCACACACACACACAAAAGAAAUUGAGUGCUUUUUGUAAUAUUUAUUAUGUACAGUAAUUCUUAUUAUUGCACUUUUGUUGCAGUGUGUUUAUACUAUCUAAGAUAGUUGUAAAUUUUUAUUCAAACAGAUGCCUGUCAUUUUUAACAAUGUUGUUAAACACAAGGACUGCUCUCAGUUUAAAAUUAGGAAUGUCAAAAUGUUUACAAACAAGUCAUUUAUUAACAGAUUUUUUAAAAAAGAUAUUGGUUUAUAAAGUGUUAGCUAUACCAACCCAGGUUAUACAAUAUAAUUUGGGUAGGUAUUAAAUUUAUUCCUUAAAAAAAUUUGAAUAUGAAGGGGGAAAAAAUUUAAAAUCCAGUGUUCCUGUCUCAAGUAAAUUACAAAGGAACUGACAAUGUAGGAUCUGUUCAACUCUUUAUCUUAUUACUUUUGUGAGAAGUUUUCCAUUUUUAGAGAUCGAGAUAAAAAUUACAAAUUGAUUACACAGCUAAGAAUUUCCCAACCAAUUUCGAAAUUUCCAACCUUCCUUCAAUACUGUAAAGGUAGAAAAACCAUUUGUGAAUGUUAAUUAAUUCUAUGAAAUAAUCAAAUAAGUUUUGGAAUUCCAUAGUUAAUGAUGUAAUUAAUUAAUGGAAUAUUCAUUAAACACCUAGUUUGAUACAUUUUCUAGUCAUUUGAAACUUAAGAAUAAAUCUUACUGAUUUCUGAUUUGUCACUUUGAGGGUUGCAACCCAAUUAAAAAGACUGAAAGAACAACCUGUGCAAGCACAAUCACUGUGAUUUUUUAGGCCAAGUAAAUUUUCUCUGUAUUCUAUUUUUAGCAAACAAAUUGAAUAGAGAGUCAAUUUCAUGAUAUACUUCUUGGAUAAUACCAUUUUUUUAUGUUUCUGCAAGUUUUCUAUCAAUGAAAUUUUACUGUGUUUCUAUUUUAAUAAAUUAUUUAGUUUUACUGUAAUCUUACUCUGAAAUUCACAUUUUUAAUCUAUCUUAUGUUUUUUUUUUCAUAACAAAAUGUAUUUUAUGUGGCCUUUUUGACAUAGUCUUUGACAUACUCUUGAAUGAUUCAUAAACUUGGUAGUUUUUUAACUGUUGAGGUUUGCAUCCUAAAAGCAGUGCCAGUUUUCUGCAAAGAAAAUUUUUUUAUUUUUACUCUGUACCAGUUCAUAAGCAAAACACACAAAUGUAAAAUAAUCUUAAAGCAUCCAUCCUAAAAGAUAUCUCACCUACAUGUUAAAAUAGGAUCAUUUUACCUUAUAUUAUGUAACACAUGAUGUUGAUUGUGAUGUAUUUUUUGAGCAGUGACUAUCUCCAUGAGGGGCAGUGUGAUUGUGUUGUUAUUGUGUUCAGAUGCUGCCAACAGCUGAGAGAAUAAAAAUAUAACAAACUGUA